AACACUUCUGAUAGCCGUCCUGAUACAGGCACCGCGAAGUAUGGCCCAGCAUGCAGCUGCAUGUCCAGCUUCGUAUAUGAAGGGCCUGAAGCUCGAUUAAACAACUCCACGCACCGUACAUAUCAUGCCGUCCUCGCAUCUUGUGAUCGCUGCGUACUUUGCCUGGGGUACGGGUCUACUAUUCCUUCCGAUCCCUGACCUUGCUGUUGACUUCUACUCUUGUCAAGGUCACAUUCGCCCCUUAUGCACGCUGUCCGCAAGGCUUGUCAAAUUACAGGAUCUCCAUAUCACUUACUUGAUCGAUCGUCCCCUUCACGGCAAGGUGACUGCAGAGCUGAGCCGUAAUUUCGAAGAUGGUGAAGAAGAGUUCGAAAGUCGUAUAAGGGUAGUGGGGCUGGAUUACAAUGAGAAAAACCCAAUGGAUCUUGCAGAAUUUCAGCGAUCUUUCGAGCGGCAAUUUCGGGUGCUCGCCGACGAUGUUCUCUUGGUAGACCUAUUCGGUGGUUACCAAUUGCUGCAGAUUGCGCGACGCCUUGGCCCAGACACAAAAGUAUGGGCCUCAGGAUCCUUCUUUGGUAUCGCCCUCUGCUCGCUCUUUGGACCCUUCGGACCAGAUAGUCGCGGACACCUGCAGAGACUAGUGGCCCAGCACAUGGCUGCGACUGGGCAGGAUCUGAUGUCUGCCGCGCUGGAGGUCGUCGCCAGCCCCAGCGACCAGGUCGACCAGGUGCCGGGUCUUCCGCCGGUGUUCAAGUACGAGAGCUUCCCUCAGGAGCGCAUCGUCGAGUCACCCUUUGUCGGCCUUUUUCACAUGGAUGCUGCAUCAUUGAUUCAUGAGUGCGACGCCCUUGUCAGUUCAACCUCAGCUAUCUACGAGCCGAAAGAAUGCAUCAAAGCCCUCAACGAUUUCUUCGCGCUGACAUCUCGAAAGAUGUAUCUGGUCGGUCCUCUGAUAACCGACACGAAGCGCUCUUCCAGACUCGAAACAGAGGGAGCCGCCAAGUCGCCCGAGCUUCUCGCGUUCAUGCAGAAUGCCCUGAAGACGCAUGGCGAGAAAUCACUCAUAUACAUCUCUUUCGGAACUUUCUUCUGGAGCACACAGCCGGAUAGGCUAUGGACUGUGCUGGAUGUCCUGAUGGAGAAGAAGAUCCCUUUCAUUUUGAGCCACGCUUCCCCAUUCGCUAAAGUUCCCGAUGAAAUUGUUGAGAAAGUCAAGGCUUCGAGCCUGGGCUUCCUCACAACAUGGGCCCCUCAGCAGACGAUACUGGAGCACUCUGUUACCGGGUGGUUCAUGACCCAUGGUGGCUUCAACAGCAUUACCGAGUCUAUCGCCGCAGGAGUCCCGAUGAUUUGCUGGCCCUUCAGCGCUGACCAGCCGGUGGAUACGCUGCUACUUACCGAGAAUCUCGGCGUCGCGUACGAGCUCACCGACGUGCGCAGCGGCAGCUGGGGCCUCAAGCCCGUCUACCGCACGGGCAAGGCGCCGACGGCCACGCUCGACGCCGUCCGUGCGGAGGCAAAUGCGGUGCUAGAUAAGGCGUUCAGCGAGGAUGGUGCCGAGAAGCGGGCCAAUACACAGAAGCUGAAGAACAUGUCGAGCGAGCAGUGGAAGGAGGGUGGCCCCUCCCGGAUUGCCGCGCAGCAGCUUCUUGAUGACCUUCACUGAGCGGGCAAGAGGGCCAUAAUCUUCGCGAAGUCAGCAUGCUUCUGUAUAUUGUACUUGGGAUAAGACAGCGGAUUGUGAGCCACGGUGGAUAGAAAUCU